CUCACUUACUCACUCACGCUUUCUCAUUCUCCUUAUUCCACUCUUGCUCUUUCUCCAUCUCUUUUUCUCUUCCCCCUCUUUCUUGUCGUACCUUCUUCGAUAUAAACAUUUGGAGGAACUUUGCAUUGGCUCGACGCUGAAACGACAGAUCUUUGGUGAGCUUCCCUCGUGAGUUCGUUGAAAGUGGUUGUAGAAUGAAGUGGUGGAAGAAUAGCUGCUAUAAGCUCGGACGUAAUUCGCCAGGAGUUUCGAAUCAAGAGUAAAGAAGAGCUUUGGAAUCCUACACGAUUGUUUUCUGACGAAUAUCGUUAAGCAUCGUUUAAAAUCGAACCGUUGAUAUUCUCUUGCGAAAGUGACUGAAUAUUAGGCGUUUCGAAAUUGGCAUCAAAAUUGUCAGUGUCGAAAGCGACUCAACGUUGUUGCGCGAAUCGAUCUGGAUCGACGAACGUUCUUUUCAAGCAAAUUCAUAUUUUUCCAAAACCGUUGAUACGAAAACGACCAUGAAAUAUUCGCGAAACAAGGACGAUAGUCGCGAAUCGAAUAUGAAAAAAGUGUUCGUAGCGUAGAAAGAUUUACGCCUAAAAAUCGGCACUAGCUAUUCGCUGGAAAUGGAGGAAAUUCAUGCAAUAUCGGCCGUAAGCCACAGUGCGCAAUAAUGAGAAUCAUCGCAGCCGAGGUCGAAAGGUCGCAACGAUAAUAUCGAGUAGAUGUAAAAGCAGCCUUCGUAGAGAGAAUCCUCGUUUUAUUUAAUAAAAAAAAAAAUUGUUUUGUCCUUGAAGAUCCUUGGAAAGAGAUAUAACGCUCCAAGUAUUUGAACGAUUAAUGUAUCAUUUGAAUUCGACUUGGGAAGGACAAAGAAUACACCGGUCGAAGAUUGGAAAGCAAAGUUUCAAGCACGAAGAUAUCGGUAGCCGUUCAUACGGCAAAUCGAAAGAUUUCUCGGAAAGGGAAGGAAUCCGAGUUAGCUGGCGCUUUGAUAUUACGACUUCCUGCGGAGCACCCUUCGGCCGUCGCGUAGGUAUCGCGAAACUCCUAUCGAGAGAACGCACGCGCGUGUGUUCUCGAGCGUGUAACAGGUGUCCAGUGCGCCAGCAAACGUAUGUGGGAUAUAACUUUGCAAAGUCCGUAUUGAUCUAACCGAAGAGUCAUAAUAGAAUCGGCAUCGGAGAAGGAACGAUAUGUCCUCGUAAAGAGGGGGAUAAUCGCAAUAAGAUGAGUUAAUGAUAAGGAAAUCGUUGGAGGGUCUUUGGAUCGUCGAAAUCGUGGAAGACAGGCCGUCAAAAUAGAAUAUCCCGGUGGCAGUGGUAUGUACGGGGGUGGUACGGGAGGUGCGGGGUAUGGGGUCGGUUUGGGCCCGGGACCUGGACCCUCGCACUACGCUCCCUCGGGUUCCGGCGUGAGUUACCAAUUGGGCCCACCACCCCCACCGCCGCCAGCCGCUUGCCCCACCGGCGGAAGUCAGCUUCUGUCUUACGGGCCCAACCUAUCGCCUCAUCACAUACAGCAGACGCACGUGGACUCUCAGCAGUCGUCGAAAACACGGAGGUCGGACGAGGAUGAUACUAGUGGAUGUAAAUAUAGAAGACUGGAGGACGACAAUGUGCAGGACAAGGAGAGGUUUGCGAGCAGGGAGAAUCAUUGCGAGAUAGAAAGGCGGCGGCGGAACAAGAUGACCGCCUACAUCACCGAACUCUCGGACAUGGUACCAACCUGCUCGGCCCUUGCGAGGAAGCCGGACAAACUGACGAUACUUAGGAUGGCAGUGGCACAUAUGAAAGCUCUCAGAGGGACCGGAAACACGGCGACGGACAACGCGUACAAACCAUCCUUUUUAACGGAUCAGGAGCUGAAACAUCUGAUCCUGGAAGCCGCCGAUGGAUUCCUUUUCGUCGUGAGCUGCGACAGCGGUAGAAUCAUUUACGUUUCCGAUUCUGUCGCGCCCGUUCUGAAUUAUACGCAGAGCGAUUGGUACGGGACGAGUCUUUACUCGCAAGUACAUCCGGACGAUACCGAAAAAGUACGGGAACAGCUAAGCGCCGCGGAACCUCAGCAGGGUGGAAGAGUAUUGGAUCUCAAGACCGGGACGGUCAAGAGAGAAGGUCAAUCGUCGAUGAGAUUGUGCAUGGGCUCGAGAAGGGGGUUCAUCUGUCGAAUGAAGGUUGGAAAUCUACAAACGUCGGGUGACAUGGCAGCCGCUCACGGUCUUCAUCGUAUAAAACAAAGAAAUUCGUUAGGUCCGCCCGCCCGGGAUGGACAAAAUUACGCUGUUGUUCAUUGUACAGGGUACAUCAAAAAUUGGCCCCCCACCGGUGAUUUUGUUCCCCCAUGUGUACCAGGUGUGGGUCUAGCUGACAGGGGGCCUGGGGCCGUUCAAACAGGACCCGAUGGUGUAGUUACGGACGAAAGCGCAUCUACGCAUUGCUGCCUCGUCGCCAUUGGGCGAUUACAGGUUACUAGUACACCAAAUACGAACGAUUUAGCGGGUUCCAAUAGCAAUAGCGAAUUUAUUUCACGUCACUCUGCGGAAGGUACGUUUACCUUCGUGGACCAAAGAGUCGGUGGAAUAUUGGGGUAUACGCCCUCGGAACUUUUAGGGCAUAAAUGCUAUCAAUUCUUUCAUCCGGAGGAUGAAACCCAUAUGCGUGAAAGCUUCGAGCAAGUUUUGAAGCUGAAAGGACAGGUGGUUUCUGUGAUGUAUAGAUUUCGAGCUAAGAAUCGUGAUUGGGUGUGGUUGAGGACAUCGGCUUUUGCGUUUUUAAAUCCGUUUAACGACGACGUGGAGUACAUCGUUUGCACAAACUCACAUGCGAAGUCAUUCCACUCUGGUAGCGAUGGGCAAACGGAAAGCGAAGCUGUACCUGCUUACGGACAACCUGGUUUAGAUUACUCCCUUCAGAGACAUCCCACCAGGGAUCCUAUAUAUCCAGCGCAUCACAUGAUGCAACAUCCAGCGGCUGUCGCCGCAGCUGGUCCACAGCAACCUAGGCCGUCCAGUACACAAAACGUUUAUCAAGGGUACGAGACAACGCAGUCACCUAUAGCUUACGGUUCACCUGGUCAACAAAGUACAACUUCUUCUGUAUUAAGUAGAAUUCAAAAACCUGCGAAUACAUCUCCGACUCCCGUACAACAAGCAUGGGCCAUAGGUCGUCAGCAACCUGUAACGGAAGGAUAUCAGUACAGUCAAUUAAGUCCGUCAAGGUCACCAAGUGGACCGACGUAUACGCAAUUAAGUAGCGGUGCUAGAACACCGGCUACGCAAUAUCACGCAGUCACGACAGUGCCUAAUAAUCCGGGUAUGUGGGGAUGGCAAGGUCAGCAACAUCAAACGCCGCAACAAGAUGCCGCGCAAUCAAAUCCACAAGUUGCCGGUCAGACUCAACCACCUCAUCCUACGCAAGCUGGUGGUCCUGGCACGCAACCCCAAGAGCUCUCAGAUAUGUUACAAAUGUUACAAGACCAAGGUGGCGCAUCCGGAUUCGAGGAGUUAAAUAUGUUUAAUACCAAUUUUGAGUAGCGACCAAGGACGAAAAUUGCUGACACUCUUACAUCUUAAAAAACUUAAGGUUCAAAUCAUUUUUGGAUUAUUCUAAGCGUCGCAAUCCACAGUCUCUUACUGGAGCAUUUCGACCUGUGCAAAGUUUAUGAUCAGCACCUUCUAUAGAUAUAUGCUACAUGAGCGUUACGUUACUAUCGAUUGGGCCACCCUAAUCGUUAGGUCCUCAGUCGAUUAGUUUUGUCCGCAUGCAUUUCAGAUAUUACGUUCUUUUGACGAUUUUUUCAAAUUAUGCUCUCGAAAUCGUAUGAAUUGUAUAAUGCAUUCUUAAGAUCGGUGGUUAUUGUUUAGCAAAAGUGCCAUUAGAGAAUGCUUGCUCUUAUAAUGUGUUUUUACCGGAUGUUCUAACGGAUAUGGAAAAAAAAAAACAAAAACUAAUCGUUAUUAACACGAACAUGAUUAUACGAAGAUAUCAAGUGGUUUCGUUCUUCUUUGACGUAAUUACGAAUUUUAUGAUUUUAGAUAAUGCGAUUUGUAAGAGCGUGAAUCCAUUAUUUUAUAGUCAAUAUGAUCUAAUAAUUUGCAAAGGAAUGAUAAACUUUGUGUUUUAUUAAUUCAGUCUGUAUCUGUCUGUCUGUCUCUCUCUUUCUCUCUCUCUCUCUCAAAGUAGUUUAUUAUUUUGAAGCUUACAAUAGACAUUGUGCGAUGCGUUCAGAAGAGAGAAGCCUGCUUUACAUGGCAUAUAUAAAUACAUAUACACGUGGUAUAUACGAUAUGUAACAUUUCAAAUCUUCUGAAAUCACCGAUGUCUAACUUUUUAUCUGUCCUUGUUCAAAGAGGUAGUGUUAUAUGAUCUUUUUAUUCAUUAGACGAUUAUUUCAUUUCAAAUACCUUACGAUUUUUUUUAUAGAUAUGAAAUAGGAAAUGUGUUAUUUGAUUAUUAAAAAGGUAUAUUUUUAAAAAUAAUCAAUCGGAAAUCUAUGCAAACCAUGAUCAUUUUAAUUCCAGCUUAUCGUUAGGCAUAUAAGGUUAGCUUAAUUAUUUUUUAAUUUAGGUAUUUGUAAUUAUAAACAGUGCAAUCAUAAAUCGACAUUUGACAGAAAUUGUUCAAAACUUGACAAUGUACAAAAUUAUGUAACCCACUUUGCUUCUCUGUGCAAAACACCAUUUUUAGAUAUUCUUAAAGAAAAAUAUAGAUAAUGUUAUACAUAUAAA